AUGGGCUGCAGACGCACAGACUGCCUCUCGAAGCCACUUGCUGGCCUUUUUGCACGACUGGGUGCAACCGUAGGCUCCUAUCCUUUCUGUUUUUUUGUCGUACCUGUUUUGAUCUCGCUUGCGCUCAGCGGAGGAUUCAUUUUCCUGAAGGACAGGGAGGACAAUGAUCUGGAGCGACAAUUCACUCCCAGCAAAGGACCCUCGAAGGCAGCGAGAGCUUUUGUUAUGGAAAACUUCCCCUACAAUGACUCCAUGUUUUCUGAGGACAGGCUGUACAGCAAGGGCAGCUUCGCAUCCCUCAUUGCUGCAGCGAGAAACGGUUAUAAUGUCCUGGAGGGUCCUGUCUAUGAAGACAUCACCAAGCUCCAUCGCCGGAUCCUGAACAUCACUGUAGCCAAUGGGACUCUGGGAUUUCAGGAUUUGUGCGCACGAGUCAAUGACGAAUGCUUUUCCAAUGUCAUCCUGGAAGUGAUCGGCUCCAGUGAAUCCAGGAUCACCUACCCGGUGCACACACACAGGUCCGGUCCAGUGUUCCUCGGCUCUGUGCUGGGCGGAGUCGGGGUGGACGAAGAAGGCUCAGUCCGAAGUGCUCAGGCUGUGAAGCUCUUCUACUACUUAGGGAAUCAGGAGAGCACAGCUGAAGUUUUAGAUUUAUGGCUGAGAGGAUUUAAAGCUCUUCUGUCAGAUACCUUCAACUACAAACACAUUGAAGUUUCGUACUACACCUCCAAAUCCAAGCAGGAGGAGAUUGACAGUCACACCGUAGACGGCUUCCCUCUAUUCCUCAUCACUUAUGCCAUUGCGAUUGUCUUCUCGGUGAUUUCCUGCCUGAGGACGGACAAUGUGAGGAACAAGGUGUGGGUGGCUGUUUUUGGCGUCCUCUCUGCUGCGCUGGCAAUAGUCUCCUCCUUUGGUCUGCUGCUUUACAUCGGAGUGCCGUUUGUUAUCACCGUAGCCAACAGUCCUUUCCUAAUACUAGGAAUCGGUCUCAACAACAUGUUCAUCCUGGUGUCUGACUGGCAGCACACACACGUAAAAGAUCCAGUGCCGAAGAGGAUGGCUCACACCUAUAAAGAAGCCGUCAUGUCCAUCACCAUCACCGCCCUGACGGACGUCGUCAAGUUCUCCAUCGGGGUGAAGUCGGACUUCCCGUCGGUGCAGUCCUUCUGCCUGUACACCGCCACCUCCAUCAUGUUCUGCUACAUCUACACAAUCACCUUCUUCGGGGCCUUCCUGGCUCUGAACGGGAGGCGAGAGGAAGGCAACAGGCACUGGCUGACCUGCAUGACAGUACCAUCAGACACUGACGACAACGGUCUGAUGUACAACGUCUGCUGUGUGGGAGGCGCCUACGAUACAAACACUGAAGCAGAGAAGAAGCAUCCCGUCAGUAAUUUCUUCAAGGAUUACUACGGCCCGUUUUUGAUCAAACCCUGGGUCAAGGGAGCAGUAAUCCUCCUCUAUGUGGCAUAUUUAAUGACAAGUAUUUAUGGAUGUUUCCAAAUCGAGCAGGGCUUUGAUCUCCAGGAUCUGGCAGCUGACAACUCCCAUGUUACGAGAUUUACGAGGAAGGAUCGGCAGUAUUUCUCAGAUUAUGGUCCAUCUGUUAUGGUUAUUGUAAGUGAGAGUGUGCCUUACUGGAAUGAUGACGCCAGGCAUCAUCUUCAGGCAUGCAUGACAGAGUUUACAAGGCUAAAGUUUGUUCAUCGCGAUAUCUAUACGUCCUGGCUGGACUCUUAUUUAGACUAUGGACAUCAGAGAGCUUUGGAUCUAAGUGAUAAAGAGGGUUUUCUUGACAAUUUAUCCCCCUUUUUCGAUUUGCAUCCUUUGUUUAAACAAGACGUGAACCUCACAGGAAAUGCCAUCUACGCUUCCCGGUUUUUCAUCCAGACGCAUGACAUUGCCAAUGCCAGCAUGGAGCUCGCCAUGUUCAGUGAGCUCCGAUCCGUCGCGGACAUAUGCCGCGUAGCAUCUUUGUUAGUCUAUCACCAGGAUUUCAUCUUCUAUGACCAGUACGAGGUGGUCGUGACGAGUACGAUUAAGAACGUGGGUGUGAUCGCCGCGGUGAUGCUGUUUGUCUCCCUGCUCCUGAUCCCCAACCCCCUCGGCUCAUUAUGGGUGACGUGUUCGAUUGGUUCAGUGACUGCGGGGGUGACCGGCUUCAAGGCGCUUUGGGACGUCAGCCUGGAUUCCAUAUCCAUGAUAAUUUUCACCAUCUGUAUCGGCUUCACAGUAGAUUUCUCCGCUCACAUAACCUACGCCUUCUUCUCCAGCAAGAAGUCGAGCCCUGACGACAAGGCCGUGGAGGCGCUCACCAAUCUGGGUUACCCCAUACUUCAGGGCACGUCCUCCAUCAUUUUAGCAGUGACGGUGUUGGCUAUAUCUGAGUUUAACACUUUCAGGACAUUUUUCAAGCUCUUCUUUCUGGUCAUGACUUUCGGGAUGGUUCACGGCCUUGUUUUCAUCCCAGUUAUUCUGACGUGGUUCACCUGCAGCUCUGAGAAAGAAGAAGAGCGCAAGCAGGAGAUUUCAGUGGUCACAAAGAUAUGACCUCUUGUU